UCAUUAUGAAGCAAAACCAGUUUCCUCACUAAGCUGACUCUGUCCUCUGCUGAGCAGUUUCUCUUUCACACUGUUCAUGUGGAAAACAGAGAUCAUGAGUGUUCAUCCUAUCCCUCACCUUGACAGCAUCUAUAAAAGCAGCUUUUUGAAGUGCUUGAGAAGCAUCAGCCCGUCAGUAGCAGAUCAACUGCAUUAUAGUUCAGCUUUAGGAGUCCUGAAGUGAUUGACGAUGCUUUGCUUUUCUGUCUGCUGCCUUGUGUCUCUGCUGUUCCUGAGCGCUGUAGAUUCUGGAAAAACUCUGAGGAAAAUCAAAGAGCAGCUGCAGAAGAACAAACAGUUGAAGUUCAUGAGUGAAGAGCAGCCCCUCCAACAGGUGGAGGAGUCCUGGCUUGAGCAGCCGCUGGACCACUUCAACCGACUGAAGGUUAAGACCUUCUCUCAGAAAUUCUUUGUGAAUGAGGCUCACUGGGACCGCCCCGAUGGUCCGGUGUUCCUCUUCAUCGGUGGGGAAGGACCCAUCUUUAAAUUUGACGUGCUGGCAGCACUUGGUUUUAUAACUACCAAUCAGACCGUCAUCAGUCUAUUGUUUUUCAGUUGUUCAUAUGUUUUAAUGCCAAGUCUUGGGGACAAAUUACAUUUUUUUCAGUCUUUAAAUCUUAAUAUCUUUGCUGACAUUUUUCCAGGUCAUCACGUUGAAAUGGCCCAACAGCACAGGGCUCUGCUGCUCGCGGUGGAACAUCGUUUCUAUGGCGACAGCAUCAACCCAGACGGCCUAAAAACUGAGAGUCUGGCCGACUUAAGUAGCCAGCAGGCGCUUGCAGACUUAGCUGCAUUUCAUGGUUACAUCUGCCACAAAUUCAACCUGACCAGCAGGAACCUGUGGGUCAGCUUUGGAGGCUCUUACUCUGGAGCUCUGUCUGCCUGGUUCAGAGGAAAGUUUCCCAAUCUGGUGUACGCGGCGGUGGCCUCAUCUGCUCCUGUCGAAGCAAAGCUGGACUUUUCUGCAUACAAUCAUGUUGUUGGUCUGAGUCUGAAGAACACGGCUGUGGGAGGCUCUGAAAAGUGUUGGGCUCAAGUGCAGCAGGCCUUUGCAGCUGUGGAAGCAGAGCUUAUCGCUGGAAACUUCAGUCAGCUGGCUGCAGAUUUUAGCUGCUGUCAGAUUCCCCAAAAUCUGGACGAUCAGAUUGAACUGAUGCAGAACUUGGCAGGUGUUAUUAUGGGAGCAGUACAAUACAACGAAGAGGGAGUGCUGAUGUCUAUCAGUGAGAUAUGUGACCUCAUGACCAACAUCAGUGGAGAACGUACAGAGAUGAAACCCUACAGCCGCCUCAUUAAACUCGCACAGAUUUACAGAUCCUCCACUGAGGAGAAAUGUCUGGACGUUUCCCAUGAGAAAACCAUACAAGACUUGAUGGACAUGUCAGUCCACAGCAGCAGGAGAGCCGAGAGACAAUGGACCUACCAGACCUGCACCGAGUUUGGCUUCUACCAGACUUGCGAGGACCCCACCUGUCCUUUCUCUGGCCUGAUAAACCUGCAGGCUCAGACUAAACUGUGCACUGCAGUCUUUGGAAUUUCCCAGCAUUCUUUGCCCUCACGCAUCGCCUUCACUAACAGCUACUAUGGAGGAGAUGAGCCACACACACACAGAGUGCUUUACAUCAAUGGAGGGAUUGAUCCGUGGAAAGAGCUGUCAGUGGUUCAGGGAGGAGGAGAGGUUCAGUCCGUGUUCAUUGAUGACACUGCACACUGUGCUGAUAUGUCAAGUAGAAGAUUUGCAAAGCGGGAUUCACUCAGGAAAGCUCGGCAGGAGAUUGAGAAACAGGUUUCAGACUGGCUGAGGACAGCUUCUCUGGAGAAGAUGGACUAAGGAGCAGAUGGCAUUAAGCCUUGAUCAGCCCUUAUCACUGUCCUCUGGAGCUGAUAAGGAAUGGAUGAUAAUGUGACCUGCUCUGCUCUGCUUCUCCUUCCCCUCCUUCUGCUUUCCUUAUGUCUUCUAAUCAUUCUCCAUCUGGAAAAUCUAUAAAAACAACGCUUUCUCCUUUUGAUUCCUAGAUUUUGAUUUUAAUAUUUCCUCACUUUGUAUUUAUAAAUGUUUAUUAACGAUUGUUUUAUGUUAAAUGUUGUAUUAAAAAGCCUUUUGUCGUGCUGA